AUGUCGUCGCUGGCUCAGUCGAAUGACUCCCUUUUUGGGCCCCAGCUACCUGGCCACUUCGACUUUACCGUCCUCUUCGAACAUGCUAUGCUCGGGCUGAUUCCAACCGCCCUUGUCGUCUCUGUCACGCCCCUUUACCUCAAGGUUCUCCUGCAUACCCAGCGUCAGGUCCGACCUGGCUACCUUUUAUGGAGCAAACUGGCAUGCGGCGUGGCGCUCGUCGCCAUACAAGCCGCCAACAUUAUGCUCUGGCAUAAGACUGACUACUUCCAGUCGCGUGUUACUGUUGCUACCUCGAUUAUGUCAUUACUCGCUUCUAUUUGCACGAUGGCUAUUAUUGUAGUUACGCAUAUUUAUUACUUACAGCCUUCUUCUUUCCUAAGCCUCCUUUUUUCCCUUACUAUGAUCUUCGACAUUACUAUGGCUCGAUCAUAUUUUCUUCGGAACACUUUAAGCGCUAUUGCAGCCCUACAAGUUUGUAUUGUCGUUCUUAAGUUUUUCCUGGUUAUCCUUGAGGAAGUUUCGAAGCGUGGCCUCUACCUGUCUCAGGAACUACGAUCUACAGUCUCUGCUGAGACCGCCUCUGGCUUUUGGAAUAGGUCACUUUUCGUCUGGUUGAAUCCCUUGCUUGUUUUCGGAUGGCGUAAUCAAUUCACGAUUGAUAAGUUGCCUAGUAUUGGCGAGGAAUUCGAGUCUGAGCGGCUCUUCGAUCGAUUCUCGCAUCAUUGGGUCAAAGCCAAUAAAUCUUCUCGACUAGCUCUACUCUUGGCUUUGUUGCGCACCUUGAAAUGGCAAUUUGCACAAGUCCUCCUUCCUCGCCUCUUGUACAUUGGCUUCGUCAUCGCGCAACCCUUUCUUGUUUUACGGACAGUGGAGGCAGUCGGCCAGGAGCACACUAGCCGUGCCUCUACUAGUGGUCUUAUUGGUGCUUGUGGGAUUAUUUACUUCGGACUCGCCGUAACGAGAACCAUUUUUGAGCACUGGGGCUUCCGCGUUGUCACAUCAAUUCGGGGCAUACUUGUUGUGGCCGUAUAUGAUAAAACGCAGCGUCUUAGUGCUGAAGCACUAGACGCUGGAAAUGCUGUCACAUUGAUGAGUACAGACGUCGAGGGAACUGAGGACAUUAUUUCCCUUGCGUAUGAGUCGUGGUCGUGUAUUAUUCAAGUCGCCUUUGGCAUUUGGAUUCUUCACACUUUCAUUGGAGCCGCCUGUUUCCUCAUCAUUUUGCCUACUCUAGCUACAUUUCUUGGGUCUAUUCUCACGGGCAAGAAAAUCUCUGGCGCCAGGGCGGCUUGGAACGCAGAAACAGAGAACCGAGUUGCCGCUACCUCAAACAUGCUUGCUCAAUUAAAGAGUGUCAAGUCCAUGGGCUUGUCUGGUUCUCUUCUGAAACAAAUUGAGCAUAAACGCGAAGUCGAGAUCGCUAGGUCGCUACGGGAACGCUACUCCCUUCUAUGGGUUUUCUCCUUUGGUGCGGUUAACUUCACAGUUACCCCGGCAAUCGUUUUCGCUGGGGCGUACUUUUGGACUCGCUCGGACGACCCCAUGUCUGUCGCAGAAGUCUUCGCUAUCCUAGCUGUAUUGGCCAUCUCUUCCAACCCGCUCAUUGACUUAUUCCGGUCUGUGACGCAAUGGUCUGCGGCUUUUGCGUCUAUUGCAAGAAUUCAAAGAUUCCUCUUAGAAAAAGAUUAUGUUGACCCUCGCGACGUUCCCAUGGCAGCCGAAGUGGAUGCUGAUGGGGAGAAAGAGCCACGCUCCGCGCCUAGAAAACCGUUUGCUUUUGAACUCGCCGAUGUUUCGGUCAUAUCCCCCACAACUGGCCCAGUUCUUCGUGAAGUGACUUUCAGAAUUCCAUGGGCAUCACAUACUAUGAUGUGGGGCCCUAUCAACUGCGGCAAGUCUACCUUGCUCAAGCUUCUCUUGGGGGAAGUAGAACUGAAUGGGGGUACCAUAUCUGCUGGCUCAAGAGACAUAGCUUACUGCAGUCAAGAAACUUGGAUUGAGAACACAACUGUCGAAAAAGUCAUCACUGGAACGCGCCGAUUGAUGCGGCCGCUUUACAGUGAGAUUGUGAGAGCGUGUGCUCUAGAUGCAGACUUCCAGCAAAUGCCAAAUGGUGAUCAAACCCAAACAGGAAGUGGCGGCUGCAACCUCAGCGGAGGUCAACGUCAACGCCUGGGCCUCGCGCGCUCUGCCUACGCCCAGAAAGACAUAAUGGUUCUCGACGACUUGUUCAGCUCCGUGGAUCCGGAAACGGCAGGCCUUAUCUUCAGUCGUCUGUUUGGACCUCAGGGUAUCGUUCGCCGCUGGAACUGCACUGUCAUCAUGACAACAAAUCGGCUUGAACUUCUAGAUUUCGCAAAUCAGAUCUUCCAAUUCUCCAAGAACGGUCGGGUUCAAGAGCAAAAUGACAAUGAGUCGGAGGGGUCUCCAGCUGUUGGUGAGAGCAGUGACGAAAAUUCCGCAGCUGGUGAUGCAGUCGGUGAUCAACAGCAGGCCGGAGUGGGUGCCAGCGACAGCGAAGAAGCACAGCUGCCGUCGGUGCAAGCCAAAGAGGGCGACAAUGUACCUCAGCCUCAGGAUGAAGGUUCGGGUGGUGAUUUGUCUGUCUACAAAUAUUUCCUUGGAUCCGUUGGUAUCUUUGCAAUCCUCAUCUGGGUGUUCCUUGCUAUGAUUGCCGCCGUUGGCGAAUGGAUGCCAGUGAUCUUUCUGCGAAUCUGGUUCGUGAAAGACCCUCAAAAUGAGUUGUCAUUUGUUGGUUACGGCAUUCUUGCAGUUGGGUCUGUCGCCUUUAACAUCUUGUGUGCUGCAUUUUAUUUCACAUUCAUCUUCCCAAAAACUACUACGGAGAUGCAUCGAAGGCUUCUAAAAGCUGUCCUCGGCGCCACACCCGAGUUCAUCAACGACACAGACUCUGGAUCAUUGCUCAACAGAUUCAGCCAAGAUAUAUCUCUAGUUACACACAGACUGUCAAUUCUUGUGAACCAGUUUGUCUUCUUGAGUUUCACAACGCUUGUGGAGAUCGGGAUGAUUGCCGCCGGGUCCCCCUACGCGAUACCAGUCAUGUUGUUUAUUUUGAUGGUUUUAUCCAUCAUCCAAGUAUUUUACCUUCGAAGCUCGAGACAGUUACGCCAGCUGGAACUGGAAGCCUCUUCUUCAUUAUUUACCCGAUUCACAGAAACAACUGAAGGUAUUCAUCACAUUCGCAGCUUUGGUUGGCAAAAGAGCCUCCGCCGUAAGCUUUACGCUGAGCUGGAUCGGUCACAAAAGCCAACCUACCUUCUAUACUGUAUCCAAAGAUGGCUAACGCUAACAAUGGAUCUCACCUCGACUGUCGCUUGCCUUGCCCUCGUCAGUCUAUCGCUUAAGCUUCCUCAUGCGACGUCAAAUGCUGCAGUGGGGCUUGCCAUGCUCAGUCUCAUAGGCUUUAGUAGCACGGCUACAGGCUAUAUUCAAACCUGGACGGCGUUCGAAACGAGCUUUGGGGCCAUUCGUCGCAUUAAGCUAUUUGUGCUCGGCACACCCCAGGAAAAGGAUACGCUCUCCGGACCUCCACUGCCAGAGAACUGGCCCACUAAUGGACUGAUUGACUUCAAUGCGGUCUCUGCGACGUACAAGACCACUGAUGGCGUGUCUCACAAGGCACUGAACAACGCCACUGUUACUAUCCCGGCAGGACAGAAAAUUGGGAUAAUGGGCCGGACUGGAAGUGGCAAAUCAACAGUUCUGGCUACCAUACUCCGCAUGGUUGAGUAUGCAGGAAGUAUCAGCAUUGACGGGCGCAAUACACGGGAUGUUCCGCGCGAACUUCUUCGUUCCCGCAUCACGACCAUAACUCAAGAGGGUUUGCGAAUUAAAGCUACACUUCGAUUCAACAUGUAUCCAUUCGAGGGCUCUCGACCAAGCGAUGAUGAAAUAAUCGAUGCAUUACGAAGAGUCGAGCUUUGGGACCACGCGAAUCGCAAUGGCGGUCUGGAUGCUCAGUAUUCUACUAUCCGAUUUACUACGGCCCAGAAGCAGCUAAUGUUCCUUGCACGUGGAAUACUGCACCAAUCAACAGCGGGCACCAAGAUUGUAAUGAUCGAUGAAGUAACAAGCAGCUUGACGCUGGAUAUGGAAAGGAACAUGCAGAGAAUCAUUGACCAAGCUUUUGCAGGCUGCACCAUUCUUCUUGUGUCCCACCGCCGCGAGUCAUUUCUAACAGCGGACUUCGUUCUACAAUUCCGGUCUGGACAACUCUAUAGUAUGAUGCGCCGGCGAAGUAGCACUGGAGGAUGGGUGGAGGUCCAAGAAUUCUAG